AUGGGCAUCUGCAGUUCCACUUGCUGCGGAGUGAAAUCCCGCGAUGUCUUGUACGAAAAUGUCCUCGCUGAGAACGAGCGCGAGGCUGUUGCCGACUUGCUCAACUUCCUUGAAAAUCGCCACGCGGUCAACUUUUUCGAGGGCGAGCCGCUCCGUGCGCUAACUACGCUCGUCUACUCAGACAAUAUCGACCUCCAACGGAGUGCUAGUUUGACUUUUGCAGAAAUCACUGAGACAGAUGUCAGAGCUGUCGACGCCGAUGCCAUUACUCCGAUCCUCUUCCUGUUGGAAAAUCCAGAUCUCGAGGUCCAGAGGGCCGCUAGCGCCGCUCUUGGAAACCUUGCUGUCAACCAGGAGAAUAAAGUGUUGAUCGUACAGCUUAAUGGCCUGCCGCCUUUAAUCCGGCAGAUGAUGUCACCCAAUGUCGAGGUUCAAUGCAAUGCCGUUGGGUGCAUCACGAAUUUGGCAACACAUGAGGAAAACAAGUCUAAGAUUGCCAAAUCCGGGGCUUUGGGUCCAUUGACGCGUUUGGCUAAAUCGAAGGAUAUGAGAGUUCAGAGGAAUGCCACUGGCGCGCUUCUCAAUAUGACCCAUUCUGAUGAGAACCGACAGGCCCUUGUCAAUGCUGGCGCUAUUCCUGUGCUCGUCCAGCUUCUCACAUCCCAAGAUUUGGACGUGCAGUACUACUGCACCACUGCUCUGAGCAAUAUCGCUGUCGACGCCGCGCACCGCAAGAAGUUGGCCGAGACCGAACCUCGACUCGUUCAGCUGCUCAUUGGCUUGACACAGUCCGAAUCUUCCAGAGUUCAGGGCCAGGCUGCCUUGGCUCUCAGAAACCUCGCUUCCGAUGAAAAGUACCAGCUGGAAAUUGUCCAAUAUGGUGGACUUCCUCCACUCCUCCGUCUCCUCCGUUCGCCGUACCUUCCUCUCAUACUUUCAGCUGUUGCCUGCAUCCGGAAUAUCUCGAUCCACCCUCAGAACGAAUCACCAAUUAUUGAGGCAGGAUUCCUGAAACCAUUGGUUGAAUUGCUUGGCAACACAGAUCACGAGGAGAUCCAAUGCCACGCUAUUUCAACCCUCCGAAACCUGGCAGCUAGUUCCGAUCGUAACAAAGCCCUUGUUCUGGAGGCCGGCGCGGUACAGAAAUGCAAGCAGCUCAUUAUGGAUGUCCCUGUUACUGUUCAGUCCGAAAUGACAGCAGCGAUCGCCGUCCUUGCCUUGAGCGACGAUCUCAAACAGAACCUACUCGAGCUCGGUGUAUUUGAGGUUCUUAUUCCUCUUACCAAGUCGCCCAGUGUCGAGGUUCAAGGGAACAGCGCGGCUGCUCUGGUCGGCGACUACUCCAUCUUUGUUCAGAGCUGGACAGAACCGAGCGACGGUAUUCAUGGUUAUCUUAGCCGAUUCCUUGCUAGCGGUGACGCGACGUUCCAACACAUUGCGAUCUGGACCAUCCUCCAGCUCAUUGAGUCGGAGGAUAAGAAGCUCAUUGGUCUCAUCAUUAAAUCGGAGGAUAUUGUCGAAAUUAUCAGACAAAUUGCCCACCGUCACACCGAGUCGGACGUCGAAAUUGGCGAGGAUGAUGACGAAGUUGAGGUGGUCAAUCUCGCUCAGCGCUGUCUGGAGCUGUUGGGUCAGAGCACGGCAAAGACUCAUAUUGAGGGCUGA